AUGGACUCUACCUCAAAUACGGUUACCCUCGCUGAGGCUCUUGUAGAGAAGAAGCCUAUUCCACGUGACGAGAAGACAGUGCGCAAGAUAGCUUACGCAAUAGAGGUGCAAUUUAACAUUGAAAUCUUAAUAAAACAACGAGAAAUAAAUCUAAUUAAAGAAGAAUUAAGAAAAGCGGUUGAAUCGAGAGAGACGUUGAGGGCAUGCAUACUAGACGAUUAUUCACUACGGCGAACCGUAAAGACACCGACCAGUCCGUAUUCGUCCGAAAUACCACAAAAACGAGCAUUACAAACGACUUACAUACCACCUUCACAAGCAAUGUCUCAAAUACAAACACGCCAUUCAACGCGACGAACAUCAUCAACACGUGAUUCAAAUUAUCUUUAUUACGAUUCAUGCAGGGAUCUGUACGCCAGAAGAAACGAUGGGACUUUUGUAAAAUUAGCAUGUCCAAAGUGUCGCAGUUCGAAAUUUGUUAAUGUUCAAGGAUUUCUCAAUCACUGUCGGUUGGCUCAUAAGAUUGAAUUUCCUAAUCAUGACGAAGCAGUAUUAGUCUGCGGUAUCCCAGUGGAUGAGAAUGUUAUACCACCAAACCAUCCAGCUCGAUCACAGCAAAUUACUCGGCCGCCCUCACUUCGUACUAUCUUAGGAGACAGCGGCACAACUAGAACAAGCAAACGGCCAAAGAUCAAAGUAUUUGAAGAGGACGUCGACUUGGGCGUAGAUGAUUUAUCGGAUCGCCACUCUGGAGCAUUUGUUAUUUCUCCAAUUGAACAAUCAUCACUCGAUGCGUCUCAGAAGGUAUACUCAGGAAAAGGUCGACCUCAAAUUAACGAGUUAUUAUCUCUGGAGAACUGUGGCAGUCCUGCUGAAUCAAAUAUUUCCGGCUCGUGCACACCACUACAUCAACCUUUCUCUUCCUAUACAUUACCAGUGAGUAAACUUAAACUGGCUACAUCUAAAAUGUUGUCUCCGACAACAUCAGACUACUCGUCUGACAGUGGAUCGGAUGAUGACAGCAGUAUUGAUAUUUCUCAUGAGAAGGCACUGACACAACAGUCUGGUCAGUUGAAUGGGAAUGGGACGAUAGAUACUAUAACAAAGAUUGACAUAUUACAUAAUAAAGGAAACAAUGGGCAAAAGAUCAAAUCUGGGAAUAAAAAUGUUCAAAAGUCAACUACUGAGAUGAAUAAUGGAGAUUCUAUGGAUAUCGAAAGCACUGCUGAAAGUGAUAAACUUGAUCGGCGAGAUGUUAUGGAUAUUGAUUCCAACCAUACAAAAGUCAGCCAGAAUAGCAUAACAUCUGAGCAAAACCUAUCCACAGCUGUUAAUAAUGAGAAACAAACGACAUUCAUAGAACAUGCCAAGUUAAAGGAUUACACCCAUCAAUGGAUGAUUUAUGUGGUUGGACCUCCAAACGCAUCCAACGUCUCAUCGUUUAUUCGAAAAGUACGAUUCACUCUGCAUCAAAGUUAUAAACCGUAUCAUAUUGUGGAUGUUAUUGAACCUCCAUUUCAAAUAUCAAGACUAGGUUGGGGAGAGUUUCCUGUACGCAUUCAGCUAUUCUUUGUUGACAAAAGAAACAAACCUGUGGAACUUGUUCAUUCGUUAAAGUUGGAUUAUAGUAACACCGGAAAGCAGAAAGUUGGGGAAGAACGUCGUUUCGAUUUAGAGUUAGAUCGAGAUACAACGUUCGUUGAACUCCGUCCAGAAGUGAUUGGUUCAGACAUCAAGAGAGCGAAAUCCGGUGUUAACUACAAAAGUGAUUAUCCCAGUGCAACCACUAGUCAAACAGAUGCUUUACAAAGCGCAAUAGUCGACAUUAAGAAUACAUCUGAACUCGAGAACGCUAUCGUUCGGCCUGUGCCUGUCGAUGAGCAUGCCAAAAGUAAUUCCGAGACAAAUUUUGAUAAUAAUUUACCAAAGUUACCUUUGACAACGAGAUUACCUUCAGAAACGUCUUCAGCCUCACCUCUACAGACGCCGUCUCAAAAUACAACUGCACUAGUUACUUGUGAAACUAUUCAAAUAAAAUAUUGCAGAUUUUGUGGAUGUCCAGUAAAUUGGCAUGAAAACACCUCAGCAAAUAUUAUGUUGGCGACGUAUAAGUGUAAGCAUCGACCCGCAUGCUUGCGGUACAAGAAUAGUCGGUUAAGCAGCAUGACUUCAGCAAGAGAAGCGCUUGAUACCUUUCUAGAAGUCACACAUGAAGAUGAUGACAUGGAAAUUGAUGUUGGGUCCAGCAUACAUGUGUCGGAUAAUAAAAUUAGAGCAAGCUCUUCGACCACACCGCAGAGCGAGGAUACCAAUGACUUAUUAAACAAUCCACAAUUUAUUAAUAGCCUUGAUCCAGAAGGAAUAGACUGGGUAUGGGAUGUUGUUGAUCAAAUAAAGUUACCAACAGUAUCAGCAACACGAUUGAACAUUAAUGAGGAUCAAAUGCACGUGAAUGAACGCAAGGUGGCAGUCGAACAACGUUUGAUUGUUGGGAACCUAAUAUUCCAGGCCACAAAAAAGUUUGUCAAAGAUAUUAUCAACAAAUCAUUAGAGAUUUAUAAGUCAGAAUUAGUUGAUGAUCCUCUGCCAAGAUUUUGUAAGGAUUGCGAAAGCAUGCAAACCACAAAAUCAACCAAUCCGGACCAAAUUCACGAGGGUGCGAAGAUGCUAGUUCCAUAUCAUUUGUACCGAACAUUCGUGAAUAAUUUAGAUUCCUUUGAUUUCUUAACCAAUGCUAUGACGGGUGAAACUGCUGAAGAAGAUUCCCAAAAAGGGGCGGGAUAA